ACUCCAUUUUCUGAACACUUGAUACAAGCCCCGGAGACGCCUGGCUGGCACGGAGCUCCCAAGAGGAAGGUGUACAGCAGUCCUGCUACGGCCUCUCCUUGCUAUGACACAAGGAGCUAUGACAGAUUCUUUCAAGGCCGGGAUUAUUUCGAAUUUAAUGUGACUUAAUACAAAUGUGACUCCUCCCUUUUUUCCAUUUAUACGGAGCGGCGUGUUGCGGGCAUUUCUUUUAAUGUUCUGCCCUUGGCAAAGAAUUUAAACUGUGGGGGAAAGAGAGGCGCCAUUCCUGUGCUCCCUCGGCCGUUCCCUCCACCUUCUCCUCGGGUGACACGGUGGGCAGCCAAAAGACUCGCACAUGGCGACUCUCACUCUUCAUCAGAAACAGGUGACUCAGUAACGAGUACUGCGCAGCCAGUGAAUCCCGGCGGGCACUCAGCUUAGGCCGCGGCCUUGGCGGGCGGCAGGCGUGGCAAGCCAGCUCUGCACUCACCUGGUUCUCCCUCCUGUGUGCUCUACCUCUUCCCAGUCUGUCUGCACCAAACUCGAGGUGUCCAAAUAACAUAAUCUUCAUCUUGUAUUAACAGUCAAAGGAGGCGCAGACUGCUGGCAUCUGCUGCCCCUGCCCAGUUACCGCCGUGGCUCGCUCUCGAAGGAAGCGGUGAUGCGCUGGGGUCCAAAUCGCGCGUGCCGCAGUUGGCUGUGUUGCUGCUCUCCGGCAACCUGAACGGGCGGCACCAAGGAGCCACCCCGUUUCCUUGGGCGGCAUGCACGACGCUCACAGUGGAGCGGCGAUGGAGAAUGUUGUGCUACUUUUCCUGUCUUUUAACUGAUAACUGUAUUUGAUUAAAGGAACACUAGAUUAUAUCAAAUGAUACGCUUUAUUGUCACGCAUCUCAUGGACAGGAUAACACAUGAGAAAACUACAAUGAGUGUUUAAGCUAUGUAGCUCGAACAUAAAGUAUGUAUCCUACAAAGACUAACUUGAAAGUCUCAAACUACUGUAAAGCCGACAUCUGAUACUCAUUUAAGAGAAACAAUUUUGGGUCUGGAGAAGCGGAGGCCCGGGAGGGGCGGCGCCGAAGACGGCCUGUCCUCCCGACUCCUCCCUCGUUUUUGUUGUCGCGAAGUGAGUACCGCCGGGCGGGGGUAUAUAAGGGCCUCAUCCGCCCGCCGCCCUCAGACGCGUUCCUCGGCAGGCAAAAUGCAUAUUCUGGUGGUGUUAUGUUUAGCAGCGCUGGCCGGACCCGGCGGCACCCAGCUGGUGAGGUACUCCUUCAACUUCCAGGGCGGACCCAUCUCGCGGCUGGAGACCCUCGACGAGUCCGGCACCGUCAGGGGCCUUUUCAAUUACCUUGACAGUUACGGCAACGUGAAAGUCCAGCACUAUGACUACUCGGCGCAGGUCGGAGCGCCUGCCGUCAACUUCAUUGAACCUGUGCAGUCCCCCAAAACUUAUCAACACUUUGAGCCCGUGACGGCGAGCCCAGAACCCGUUUAUGAGUCCCGUGAACCUGUCUAUGAUGCCCUGCAGCCAGAGUAUGACGACACUUACGACACUUACGAUGCUCCUGACCCUGCUCAAGACGCUCCUUACCCUGCUCAAGAGGUUUCCAACCCUGUUCAAGAUGACCCUUACCCUGCUCAAGAUGACACUUACCCUGCUCAAGAUGACCCUUACCCUGCUCAAGAGGUUCCCAACCCUGUUCAAGAUGACCCUUACCCUGCUCAAGAUGACACUUACCCUGCUCAAGAUGACCCUUACCCUGCUCAAGAUGCCCAUAGCCCUGCUCAAGAGGCGACUGACCCUGCUCAAGAUGCUCCUGCCCCUGCUCAAGAUGCUCCUGCCCCUGCCACAGAUAACUCUGACAAUGCCAAAGAGGCCGCUGAACCUAUCCAAAAUGCCCAUGAAUCGGCACAAGACAUCCUUGAACCAGACCCAGACACUCCAGAGCCUCCCCCCGACGCCCCUGCCCCCGCCCCCACCACCCCUGAGCCACACACCGAUGCUGCCGAGGCAACCACAGAGACGCCAAAGCCUCGCCAGGACGCCGCCAAGGCCCAGCCAGAUGCUAUUUUCAGGAGCUUUGGGCAGCGCCUCCGAUCUCUUGCACGCCCUUCAUACGCAUUCCCUCCUCGCAGAGCUGCCAGACGCUUCCGUGGUAAGCGUGCAGUUGUGGCCUCCAGCUACAUCUUCCCUUACGCUUCUCCUCCACUCUUCUCUUACCAGCCCUUGGCCUUGACCCACGCCGCCGUCCUCCCUGCCGCCACCGCCUACACGGCACUCCCCGCAGCAACCACCUACGCCGCCGCCGCCCACGCCGCUGCUCGCGACGCGGUGCUGCUGCGGAUAGAGCACAAUCCCGGCCACGCCACCUCUUACCGCGUGGACUGAGCACGCCCCGCCACGGCCAAGGCCAGGAACACUCGCGGCCUCGCUCUUGCUCCCGUUUUUUCUCCUUAAUUAUAUAUCACACACACACACACACACACACACACACACACACACACACACACACUUUCGCGAUUACCGUUCAUGUAUUUUUAGGAAAUAAAUAUACAUCAAGA